AUUUCAGUUCCGCUGGUGGCUGAAUCAAGUAGUAGCAGAUAACCAUGGCCUCCACUGCAUCGCCGCCGCGCCCCGCCUUCCCCGGCGGCGUUGGAAGCACUAAGAAGCCUCUCGGCCUUUUCGCCAACGCAAUGAAGAGAAAGCACAGCUUCAUUCAGUUCUUCGCGAUGACCGGAAUUCUUCUCUUGAGCGUGCGCUCUCUAGGGCAAAAGUACCGAAUCAACGAUCUCCGAGAGGACAUGGAGGCGUUGAAAGAAGAGCAGCAAGGACUUACUAACCGAAUGAAUCACAUCAAGCAAAGCCUUCUAGCUGAAGCUGCCGUCGAGCCCACCGGCCGCUUCGCCUCCCGCCUCCGCCUCCUCUUCGCCGAAGACAAGUAAGUUUAGGGUUCCGAUUUCCCUAAUUUCUAAGCUUAUUGUUUAUCGACGACCGCGAAUUACAAAAGUUCGAUUUCAAUUUGGAAUUUAGGAUAGAUUUCUUAAAAAUGUAAUCUCUGCAAAAAAAAAAAAAAAAAAAAAAAGUUUUGGAUUAUGUGUUAAGCGGUUUUGAAUAUGAAUGAAUAGUCAGAUAGUAUUAUCUUAUCAAUGCUCUUGAAAUUUAAUCCUUAAGCUCCCUCAAAUGUUAAAAGAAGUGUUAAUUUUAAGAGAAACCUGUUGGUAUUACAGCAAUGUGAAAUGACUAUACUUAUGCUUGUUGAAUGAUUCUAACAUUGGUGAUA